GGGUCCGGCAGGCAGGCCCGAGGGGCGGGGUGCGCGGCCCGAGGUGAGGGACCGCCGCUGUAGGCGGACAGCAGCGAGGGCUAGCGAGCCGGUCAGCGAGGGACGUGCGCGGACCGAGGACCCGCGUGCUGAGCCGCCGCCGCCCCCCGACCCCGGCCGGCCCCGGGCUCCGCGCCAGGAGGCGGCGGCCCGGCCGAGCCUCCAUCCAGAGAGCCCGGGGGACCCCCGACGGCCGCCCGUCCGGCGAGGGGCCAGAGGAGAAGGACGAGGAGGAAGGGCGGCCUCACCGGGGACCCGGCAAUGGCGCUCGACUUCCUGGCUGGAUGCGCUGGGGGUGUGGCAGGCGUGCUCGUGGGACACCCAUUUGACACGGUCAAGGUGCGGCUUCAGGUCCAGAGCCUGGAGAAGCCUCAGUACCGAGGGACCUUGCACUGCUUCCAGUCAAUCAUCAAGCAGGAGAGUGUGCUGGGCCUGUACAAGGGCCUGGGCUCGCCCCUCAUGGGGCUCACCUUCAUCAACGCGCUGGUGUUCGGCGUGCAGGGCAACACCCUGCGGGCGCUGGGCCGCGACACGCCGCUGAACCAGUUCCUGGCCGGCGCGCACCUACCGCGGCUCGCUGGACUGCCUGGCGCAGAUCUACCGGCGCGAGGGCCUGCGCGGCGUCAACCGGGGCAUGACGUCCACGCUGCUGCGCGAGACGCCCAGCUUCGGCGUCUACUUCCUGUCCUACGACGUGCUGACGCGCGCGCUCGGCUGCGAGCCCGGCGACCGGCUGCUCGUGCCCAAGCUGCUGCUGGCGGGCGGCACGUCGGGCAUCCUGUCCUGGCUGUCCACCUACCCCGUGGACGUGGUCAAGUCGCGGCUGCAGGCCGACGGGCUGCGGGGCGCCCCGCGCUACGGCGGCUUCGUGGACUGCGUGCGCCAGAGCUACCGCGCCGAGGGCUGGCGCGUGUUCACGCGCGGGCUGGCCUCCACGCUGCUGCGCGCCUUCCCCGUCAACGCCGCCACCUUCGCCACCGUCACCGUGGUGCUCACGUACGCGCGCGGCCCCGAGGCCCGGCCCGACGGCGAGGCCGUGCCCGCCGCCGCGUCGGGGCCCAGCCUGGCCCAGCCCUCCAGCCUGUGAGGCCGGCGCCCGGGCGCCGCGGGCUGCGGACGCCGGCGGGCCUGGGCUGCCUUCCACGCACCGGCUGGGGGGGCCCUUGGCCGCAGGCUUGACGUCCGCGGGGCCCUCGGCCGGGAGAUAGGGAGCCUCCUACCCGCACCGUCCAGUCGCCGAGCUCCGAGGUGACGGCGUGUAGCGCCCCCCGCGCCGAGCCUGGCGCUGUCACUUGGGGUCUCCGGAAAGCCCGCCGACGCUCCAGCCCUUUCCCGGGAUCCGGGCCGCCACCGCCGUGGGGCCUUUGACGACUCACCGAUGGGCCACCCAGCAGCUAACCUCCAAUCGGCCACCUUGCAGGGGGCACUUCUCGGCCACCUGUCCGGUCUCUGUAUCAGGGACGGAGAGGCAGCUCCGGGUGCCUCCUGGUGUCCCAGGACAUAAUACUCUGCUGUGAUGCACCCCAGCUUCUCCAUGUGGCACAGCUGAGAAUGUCCCGGCUGCCGCCACUCCCACAGACCCGCUAAGAGGCUUGGGACCAGCUGGCAGCUCCAUAUGAGCCUAGGGGCUGGGCUGGGGGACCAGGCACGGGCCAGUCAGUGGGAGGGGAGCUCAAUGAUUAAGUGCAGCCGUGGGAGGGGAAGGCUUGUCACCCUCUGGUCCUCAGCCUGCCUGUCUGUAAAAUGGGGACAUGGGUCAGUCACUGUGUGGGGCUCUGGCCGCUGGCCAGGGUUCCCUCAGCCAUGCAGAGGAGUCAUCAAGGAGAUCGGUACAGGAGGAUCCCCACGCCCCAGCAAAUAAUGUCUCUCCCAGGGAGUCUCCUCCUGCUUGGUGUUCCCAUGAGGCCCUGGAGGAAGGGCCUGUUCGUGGACACAGUACAGCGUGGCCGUGCAUUUGCACAGGGAGGCAGAUGGUUUUGCACAAGUUGGAGAUGACUGUGGCCUCCUUUGCCCUGAGCGGGGCUCAGCCUCUUGGGCAAUGUGAUAUGCUCUCCCAGGAGGCUGACUCGGGUCAAGGAAGACAAGACUCCCACCCUAUUCUCGUGGUGUCAUUGUUGUAUAGAAACCGCUGAAGGAAUAAAACAUUCUUUGUU